UCCUUCGACUACCUCUUACUUUUAUAUAUACAUACACCGGUGGUCUUUUUCCGCUUCUCUUUCUCUCCUUUUCCAUAUCCGUAUCUCUCUUCUCGUAGUUUCGUACAACAUAGUCAGAUAGUCCUCUGCGUGUCACGUCGGGUUAAAAAGAGGGAGAGAGAGAGAGAGAGAGAGUGAGAGAGAGAGAGAGUGAAAGAGAGAGAGUGAGAGAGAGAACGCGUGAAACGUAUCGAAGGUACAGGUCGUGGUGUUCGUCGGAGAGACACGACUCGUUUCUCGGAUCGUCGCAGCUGGAAGACGAGUGUCGUCGAGAAGAAAGGGCAACGAUGAUCGCGAGUGUCCGGUGACAAAACGUGUUGCCAGUAUUCUACGGUCGUUUCUUCCGUUACGAUAGUAUUCGCUGGUGCGAAGUUUCGAAGGUUGCUCGACCAACGUGCACCACCACAUCUUCUACUUUACAUCGUCGAGGAACUAGCGAGAGCAAGAAGAAGUGCAGAAUAAGUCAACAUGUGGAUCAAAUUCGUUCUUUUGAUAUCCUGUACCAUCGCAAAUACACUGGCAGACAAUGGACCUCGAAGUAAAGCAGUGUCCAUCGAAGAAUUCGUAACCUCGCACAAAGUGCCGGAGAACAUCGCACGGCCGUCGGAUUACGACGAGGACGACGACGACGUGGUCGACGUGGAAAGAAAAACGAUCUCGAAGCACGGGAAACACACUAAGAAGGUUAUACCAAAGUUCGAGAGUUUCGAUAAGAAACCGGGCGAUCUGGAUCCAGUCAGACGUUUCGAUUUCGUCGACGAAGACAAAGCGACUAACGGUAACAACGCGAAACGGCAGGUUCGCGUUGAAUUGGAAAACUUCGGCGACACCGGAAUCCUUCAAGAAGAUGGUAUUCGAAGAUCGGAUACGCACAGAUCACGACUACAGAGUAACAAAGACUCGGUCAUUCCUGGAGUGCACGUCAGCGACGAGUAUUCGACUACCAUGAUGCCGGUUCUCACGACGCCACGCGAGGCUCGUGCUUUCGAUUUCGUCCCGGUGAACAUCAUCCGUGACGAUGGUAAAGAAACGUCGUUCCACGAACGCAACUUUGGCGACUUCAGCGACGUCAGUUUAGUGCCCGCUGGAACGAAUUCGCGUAUCCAGGUAAAGAAAGGACCGAACGGAAAGGACUACGAAUACGAGUACGUAUACUAUUACUAUGACGAGGAGGACGAGAACAAAGCGGGUACAGCGGACUCUGCUGUCACCAAUUCUUACGACGUUCCUUCUAGAACUACGUCCUCUCCUAGACGCGGAGGAUCGUCUGCCAACAGAAGCAAGUACAGUAACGUGGAAAGGUCUAGCACGGUGGAACCUGCCAGCAACGAAGUGAUACCAAAUCGCAAUAACAACAGAGGCAGGCAAUUGGUCGAUGCGGAAGACAUCUCCGAAGAAAGGUUACCAACGAACACUAGAUUUCCACCUAGAUCACGAUCGAAUCACAACACGGCGACCACGGAGCCUUCUAGAACCCGUGGCAAUCGUCCUAGACCUGGUUUAGACCUCGUUGACUCGAGCAGUUUUCGAACGCAUCAAGAGGGUCCGGAGUUUCCUCAGGUUCUACCUAAGGGACCCGUCAGAUUUCUCGGUGUUACUCCGAACGAGGACAAUGGAGAAGAGAGAGCGACAGCUAGAGGACGCGGCAGACCACAAAGGGUCCAAGAACCUGCUCCUGUAGAAGAGCUGGUCGAGGACGUGCCCGCUCCCACGACUAGGAGGAGACCGAUCACCACAAUGUCGCCUCAAACUGAAGGCGAAGCAGUCAGAGGAUCCUCGCGCGGCAGCGAAGAGAAAGAAGAGCAAACUGAAGAAACGCCAACAGAGAAGAGCAGAGACAAACAACCAUCCUUGGAGAAGCAAGAAUACGAAGACUCGGAUUCCUCUUCAACGACCUCGGCAAGCACCGCUUCAACUGCCACGGAAGAUCCAACCACAGAGUAUCCGUCUUCGAUGGACAAAGUGGCGCUCGACUUGUACGCUUUCGUGCAACAGGGUCAAAAUAAUUUGGUGGACGCGUCUAGCAGCGAAGCUACCGACUCUUCGUCAGACGAAUCGACGAUCUCUAACGAUGAAGCUACUACCGAUCUGGCAGCUGUGACGGAAAUGUCCGCCACCACCGUGACCCUGGAACCCACGACGAUCACCACUGCGGCGUCACCCACCGAACCCAUGACUACUACGGUUGCUACAACUACUACUGUUAGUACCACCACGACUACUACGACUACGACGACCGAACCUCCUACUACUACAACUACUCAGGCACCUGCUGGCAGGGGAAAGUUCAGGAGGCCAGGAAUAGGGGGAACUUCAGGUUCCAGAAAUAGAUUCAAAUCCAACGGAGGCGGAAGUACGACGACCACCGAAGCUCCGGCGGAACCAACGCAGCGUACACGAAACCGCUUCGGAGGAAACGGUUCGAACGGCGGUGGUUUCAAGAGAAACCGUCCUGGACAAAAACAAGCGUCCGUGGAAGAGGACGCGGUGCAGAAAGAGAGUUCCAGCUCAGUGCACGCGGAACGUCCUUCCUCCAGUACUCGUAGCAGAUUUCGUGGCACUGGAUCCACGAGAUCCGUCUCGUCGACGACACCAGCCACGUCGAAUGGUGGGUCGACCGCCGCCUCCAAUGGAUCGUCAGGAAUAUCAAGAUCGUCUUUCAAUAAAUUAAACAUCAAUCGGCGACGUGGAAGACCGACUACGAAUGCUCCAAACGCUAGCGAAGAGAGCCAAGAGUCGACUCGCUCGGAAACAGCGAAGGAAACCGCGCAGGAGUCCGUUACAACCGCGCCAAAGUCUACUGUUCGUGGGCGACUUCCGGCCACAGGAGUCAGACCAGUUAUUAAACCUGGAGCGAGGAUAAAUCUGAGAAGCAAACCGGGUCAUUCGACGACCACUACGACUACCACGCCGCUGCCUGUGGAUAAGGAGGAAGAAUCGUCUAUCGAUGAGCCAGCGGGAGAGGGAACCGAAGAGGAGACUCAUGAGGCACCGGCAGAGACCAGCCCGCCGCCAACGCGUUCCACCACUGUGAAUCCACUAAACAAACUGCGAAAUCGAAACAGACUACAGGUACAUCCAAAAACAACUACCAGAGCGCCAGUGUCGCUAGCAUCGAGAAGAUCGCCAUUGUUGCCACGUCGCAAGGUAACCGAGGCACCAGUUGCCCAAUCUAGCCAGGAGGAAACGUCCGAGGAAGCAGACAGUUCCAGCGAAACAGAGGCGACCGAAGCCACAUCGGCUGAAACGAGCACAGCAGCGAGCACAAAACACGAGGAGACCAGAGGACUCGGUGGACUUUUGGCGCCCAGGCGCAGGAUAACACCGCGACGACCUGGACAAAUCAUCUCGCGGGAGUAACAGUGAAUAAUUAAACGAACGAUCCUAUCUAUCCAUCGAGCCGUUUCUAUUCCUCGUCGUAGUCGGAAUCGAGAAGGAUCAAAGUCACUUGAAAACGCGAUCAAUUACGAAUCUGAGGGGAGGCCGACAGAGAAGCUCUUAUCGCGAAAAUUCGAGAAGAAAAGGCUUAAGAUAGUAAAGAUCGCAUCGUUCCUGAAUUUUCAGUAUUCGUGUCAUUUUUCAGCUCGAAUUUUGUAGGAGAAAAGGGAAAUUCUGUCGCGUUAGUUUAUCUCGAUCGAACGACAAUCUGGAAAAUUGCUGACGAGGCGAGGGGCCAUCCCUCGGGUGUAAAUCGCAAAUUUUCAGGAAAAUUAUGUAUGAUGACGUAGUUGUGGAAAAAAUAUUUGACAUGUUCUUUUUGUCAUGCGUAUAGAGCGAACGUAUGAAUUAGACGGUGGAUGUAAGUACGUACAUGAUGAAAACCGUUCCCGGUUUUCACUGAGAGAAUUUUCACUGAAUGUGCGCGCACGAAUAUCACGCGACCGCUAUUGAAGAUAAUAACGCGAUUUCUUAUCUUUAUUUAAUAAAUAAACGCGAUUCCCGUAGAAAGAUAUCGUCAGAUGCACUUUGCUAAAGCGAUACGUGGUCGCAUUCGACUCCACACUUUUAGAACGAUAUACAACUCGCGUCGUAUCGUAAGACAAUGUUUCUGUAAUUACAAUGUUCCAUGAUACGCUGUAAAUAUGAUAUUGCAAUUAAAGAUAUGUAAACC